AUGUCUACACCGAUCGUUGGGGGGCUGUCGAAGCCCAAUACUCAAAGAGCGUUCAGCAGCGACGACCAUCGUGAACCAGGCUCGUCGGCAGUGCUGCUUGCUGGAAGCACUACGAGAAAUAGAUCAACGAGUGUUCAAAGAAGAAAAUCGAAACCAUCUUUGAUUAAACAUGGAAGUGUCAGUCACCCAAAGUUGAUAUACUCAGUUGAUGAUGAUAUCAACGAACAAGCAGAUGAGAACGGUGAUGGAAGUGAUGGAGCAGAACACGACAAUAAAAUCAAAAACGACAAAGAUUAUCUUGAAGGAUAUAAUGACGCAUUGAGGGCAUUUCACCACAGGAAAAGCAGUAAGAGUCCAAUGAGACUGUAUCAAGACAUUUCCGAGAGAACACCGUUGCGUACGCCUGAUGAAUUGGUAGACAUUGAAUCCGUAAUUGCUAGAGAUUUGCAAGAGGCAGAACAAAACAUUAAAAGACUAAAAGCCACAGACCCAAAACGAUUUGGAAGUGUUGAUAAGCUAGACUUAGUUGCAGAUCGUCAAGGUGGAGACGCUGAUGAGGAUGGAGACGAUGACGUAGAUGUCGAUGAAAAUGGAUCUAUACACUCAAACUCAUCCACUGAGUCAUUGAAUUUGAAAGAUAGGCAAAACGCCAUCAAUGAAACCCAUCCCUUUGGUAUAAAGAUUUGGAAACCUUCAUUGUACAAGAAGAAAAGAUCGGUGGCAACGAGAGCUGAUGAGGAUAUUCAUGAUUUUGACCCACGGCGGCCAACUUCGUCCAGAAUCUUCUGGGGUGUUAGAUUGACCAAUUUGAUUUGGAGUUUAACAGCCGGUUUGUUGAUGUACGUGGCGUGCCUAAUUGGAGCACUAUUUGUCUUUGUAUUCUCAGGCUUUGCGAUAAGUUCCGGUCUGAGAUUGUACGUUAGAGCAUUUCUAAGAUUGGGGAGAUAUUGGCUCUAUCCAUUUGGGAAAUUCGUGCUCUUGAAUAAGGAGAAAAACUACAUGGAUGAGGACCAGUUGGAGGGUAGAACCUUGAAUGAGUUUCAUCAAUGGAGAUUACAAGAAGAAGGACGACUCUUUUUUGCUCCACCUCGACGUUACACUGGCUCCGCAGAGGAAUCAGCACCAUUAAUGAAAGAUCACAAAGGUAGACCUUUGAGGGAUGCCUACAACUCAUUGGCAACUGACAAUGAACACAAUGAACGACAACUUGAUGGAGAUGAAGACGAUAAUGAUGAAAGCAACGAUAUCAAGGUUAGAUUCUUUGGCCGUGGGGAUUGGACAGCUGGGAGGAUUGCAUUUUAUUUGUUCUUUUACCUCAUUGUGCAGCCCAUCUCCUAUUUUUUUGGUUUCCUCAGUUGGUUAAUUGUAUUUGCUAUACCCAUGGCUAACAUCACGUCUACAUUGAAUGACCACGUCAGACGUCAUCCAUUGGCAUUAGAUUUUGAGCUGGAAAAAGAAUACUACAAGAGAAGAGAAAAAGAUCCGUCAUUGAAGAAAAAGAAGCAAGUGAUAUUGUUGUGUACUUACAGAUGUUGUGGUUGGCAUUACUACAAAUACACUAUCGACGGUACAAAUAUCUUUUUCAUAAACUUGCUUUUCAUGGUCUUGUUUGUCAUUGUCGAUUUCUAUUUCUUGAAGGAGUCUUUGCAUUGGGAUUCAGUUUUGACUGACUCGAAUAUCAUUUUCUGCUUAUGUUUGUUUUCAAUUAUACCAUUGGCAUACUUUAUCGGGCAAGCUGUAGCAUCAAUUUCAGCGCAGUCUUCAAUGGGUGUUGGUGCCGUUAUAAAUGCAUUCUUUUCAACCAUUGUCGAGAUUUUCCUUUAUUGUGUUGCUUUAAAUCAAUCAAACGGAAAGUUGGUUGAAGGUUCCAUGAUUGGAUCAAUACUUGGUGGUGUGUUACUCCUUCCUGGGUUGUCCAUGUGUGGAGGUGCAUUGAAGCGAAAGACACAGAGGUACAAUCCUCGCUCUGCUGGGGUAUCCUCCACCAUGUUACUAUUUGCAAUGGUUACCAUGUUUGCUCCGUCGUUGUUUUACCAAAUUUAUGGCUCGUAUGAGAUAAAAUGCAGCGGAUGCGAUGAAGGGAGCGGUAUUGAUGAUUGUAAUAAGUGUCGUUUUACUCAACCAUCUUUUACAUUAGACCCAUUAUACUACAAAGUUGUCAAGCCAUUUUCACUUAUUGUUGCUGUUGCAUUAUUUGCAGCAUACGUAUGUGGGUUGUUUUUCACCUUGAGGACCCAUGCGUCAUUAAUUUGGGCAACAAACUCCCAUGAAGCAGUUAAGAAGGAAGAACAUCCAAGAACCCCUAGUGUCGUAAGUGUAGCUGGUUUGGAUCAAAGCAAACAGCAGCAACUACAACAACAACAACGAUCCUCAUCCCAGCAAAGGUUGUCGAUAGCACCACCUCGUAAUAUGGAGAGACGCUCUGUUGAUAGUGUAGUCUCGACUUCAGAGGCUGACAUUACUAAAGAAGCCAAAGAGGACGUGGAAGAAGGUGGUGGUCAUGAUGCUCCUAAUUGGUCGAAAAAGAAGUCAACUAUAAUCUUGCUAGGAGCCACUGUUUUGUAUGCCAUCAUCGCUGAGAUCCUUGUUAACAAUGUGGACUCGAUUCUUGCUGAUUUUCCAAUUGAUCCUAAAUUUUUGGGAUUGACUAUUUUUGCAUUGGUUCCGAAUACAACUGAAUUUUUAAAUGCCAUCUCGUUUGCCAUAGGUGGUAAUGUUGCAUUGUCAAUGGAGAUCGGUAGUGCCUAUGCAUUGCAAGUUGUCUUGAUCCAAAUUCCUAGUCUUGUGGUUUACUCUGUUUUAAAGAAUUUUGUCAAUGUUGAGCAAAUAUUCUCACUAGUUUUUCCCAGGUGGGACAUCAUUGCAACAUUGAUCUCCAUCUAUUUAUUUACAUACAUUUACGCUGAGGGGAAGUCAAACUAUUUCAAAGGUGUCAUUUUGAUUUUGAUUUACUUGGUGGUGAUGAUUGGAUUUUGGUUUAAUGGGAUCAUUGACGGGCUAGAUGAUAGCAUGGGAGAUUAUCUGGUAUCGUGGAGCCGUUGA